AUGAUUCAGAACUCUAAGCAAGUCCCCAUUUGUUUGGGAUUCUUUCCCAAGAAAAGAGCAAGGCCAUGGAACCAAAAUUCUUUUUCAAACACAGGAAGUGGUGAACAGCUCUAUGAGUGUCCAAUAUGCAGUCUUACCUGUACAAAUGUUCAGAUUCUCCAAGAACAUGUGGAUCUACACUUAGAGGAACAAAGCUUUUCAGAAGGUGGAAACUUAAGAGAUCUAGAACUGGCUCAGCAGCUCCAGAUCGAAGAAGAUAAACAGCAAAGGUCAGAAGAGGAAAGGCGAGAGAAGGAAGAAUUUAACAAGCUACAGAGACUGUAUGGCUUGGAUAAUUCUGGAGGUUACAGGCAGCAAUUGGUAAAGAAUAUGGAAAGGGAAGUUGACAGAGGAAGAAUGCAGCCUUUUGAAUAUCACAAAAGAAAAGCUGACAUGAUGGAAUCUUUGGCUUUUGGUAUAGAUGAUGGGAAAACAAAGACUUCAGGAGUCAUUGAAGCAUUGUGCAAGUACUAUCAGAGUGAAAACAAAGAUGUAAGACGUGUAUGGCUCUCUGCAUCAGUAGAUCAUUUCCACUCAUCCCUGGGCGACAAAGGCUGGGGUUGUGGUUACAGGAAUUUCCAGAUGCUCCUUUCCUCACUGUUGCAAAACAGCUCAUAUGAUGACUGCUUGAGAGGUAUUGUGCUAACACCUAGUAUACCAAAGAUUCAGUCCAUGAUUGAAGAUGCCUGGAAAGAAGGCUUUGAUCCUAAUGGGGCAUCUCACUUCAACAACAGAUUACAUGGCACCAGGGCAUGGAUAGGAGCAUGUGAAAUUUAUUCACUCUUAACUAGUCUCAGAAUAAAGUGUCAAAUCGUGGACUUUCACAAACCAACCGGUCCCAUGGGGACACACCCUCGCUUACUUGAGUGGAUUUUGCACUACUAUUCUGCAGAUAAUGAAGGCAGUGCAAAGGUAGUGUGCACUUCCAGACCACCUAUCUACCUGCAGCACCAAGGUCAUAGUCGUACUGUUGUUGGAAUAGAAGAGAGGAAGAAUAGAACAUUAUGUUUACUACUAUUUGAUCCAGGAUGUUCUUCACAAGAAAUGCAAAAACUGUUAAAACAAAGCAGUGAUGGUACUAGCCUGAAACUGCUGCGAAGACUUGUGGGUAGUUUAAAAGAAAAGCAAUACCAGAUAGUUGCUGUAGAUGGUGUACUCACACUGGAAGAGAAAGCUGCUCGCUGCCGUGCUUCUCGGGUCUUCACAUCGCAAAAGAUUCCUUAAAGGAUGCCUUUACUACCUCCAUCUAGAAUUUGCCAGAUGCAAAACAUUAAAAUGUUGGACC